UGUCCGGGCAGGGGAUGGCAGAGGUGGGGCGAGAGGCGGACUUCUCGUCCUCGUUUGCGUCAGUCUUGGGCACGGGGCGGGGCUGGAGGACUAAGAAACCCAGCUGGUCCUGCCGCGCCGGAAGUGAAGGUGCGGGUCCGGCUGUGGGCUCUGAGAGGCCCCUGCCCGGAUGGCAGCAGUAGUUCUAGGGGGAGACACCAUGGGCCCGGAGCGUAUCUUCCCCAAUCAAACUGAGGACUUAGGGCCACAUCAGGGUCCUACAGAAGGAACUGGGGAUUGGAGCAGUGAAGAACCCGAGGAAGAGCAGGAGGAAACGGGAGCAGGACCAGCAGGCUACUCGUACCAGCCCCUCAACCAAGAUCCUGAACAAGAAGAGGUGGAACUCGCCCCAGUGGGUGAAGGAGAAGAUGGAGCUGCUGACAUCCAAGAUCGGAUUCAGGCCCUGGGGCUUCAUUUGCCAGACCCACCAAUAGAGAGCGAGGAUGAAGAUGAGGAGGGAGCUGCAGCAUUGAGCAGCCACAGCUCUAUCCCCAUGGACCCAGAACACGUAGAGCUGGUGAAAAGGACGAUGGCUGGAGUAAGCUUGCCUGCACCAGGGGUUCCUGCCUGGGCUCGGGAGAUAUCGGAUGCUCAGUGGGAAGAUGUGGUCCAGAAAGCCCUCCAAGCCCGGCAGGCAUCCCCUGCCUGGAAGUGACCACACAGAGAGAACUGCCUUAUCCCCCUAUAUUCCAAGCCAGGACCAGCACAGGACUAACAACUCUGGUUCUAACAUCCAUCUCCCGAUGUCCCUUUUCACAUCAAGGCAAAUCAGACCUCUCAGAGACCCACUUUAUUCAUUUCUGUACAUAUGGGGACAUUGGCCCGAGCCCAACCCACCUUAGCAUGUAUCACUCUGUGGAGAAUAAAGCACCCUAUGUACACAGCCAAAA